AUGGUGCCAAGCCAGUGGUGGGGGAGACUGCAGAAGCCGCUUCUCUACCUGUGCUGCACCUCCUUCCUCCUGGGGCUGGCUUUGCUGGGCAUCCGGCCGGACCUCGCCCCUGUUGCUUAUUUCUUUCUGGCCUUGGGUGGCUUCUUCAUGUUUGCCUGCCUCGUGGUCUGUUUUCUGGAGUGGGGCUUCCGAUCCAUGCAGACUGAGCGCCCUGGGGCCUCAGACAGUGCACGGGACAAUGAAGUCUUUGAGGUGCCAACGUACGAAGAGGCUGUGGUGUUGGAAUCACAGAGCCACCCCCACGAACCGGAUCAGCCACCCCCCUACUACAGUGUUGUCAUCCCCCCAGGACUAGAGGAGGGACAGCCUAGCCCUGCAGAGGGGCCGGGGAGAGCCAGACUGAAAAGGCGAGUGGUCUCGGAGGGGUCCGUGGCCCCUGGAGGGAGCCCAGGAAGAGCUCUCCGGCUCCGGGGAUUGCGGGCCAUGUCCGCUUCUUCUGAUAUGCAGAGUUUGGGUGUGCUCCCCAAGGUGGAGCCUCUGACACCACCCCCCACCUAUGACGUCAGCUUUGGUCAGCCUGAUGAUGAUAGUGUUUUCUAUGAAAACAACUGGACACCCCCAUAA